UUUCUGCAAAGGGUGUGCCACUAAAAGGUGAACCGGUUCAGAUUGUAACCGCCACAGACCACCACACGUUUGAGCUGGACGAGGAGGCUUUGGAGAAAGUUCUGCUGCGACCGGACGUGCGAGAUAAGAAGGUUUCUAUUGUGUCUGUUGCUGGAUCCUUCCGGAAGGGAAAGUCUUUUCUGUUGGACUUCUUCUUGCGAUACCUCAGUGCUAAUUGUGCACCUGACUGGCUGGGAGAUGACGAUGCUCCCCUGGAAGGCUUCUCCUGGAGAGGUGGUUCAGAGAGAGACACAACAGGAAUCCUCAUGUGGAGCGAACCAUUUAUAACAACAACCAGAGACGGAGAGGAGAUAGUGAUCCUCUUGAUGGACACACAGGGAGCAUUUGACAGCGAGUCAACCGUCAAAGACUGUGCAACCAUUUUCGCCCUUAGUACCAUGGUCAGUUCGGUGCAGGUGUUCAACUUAACGCAGAAUAUUCAAGAAGAUGAUUUGCAGCAUCUGCAGCUGUUUACAGAGUAUGGCAGACUGGCUCUGGAAGCCAAUGACAAUGUUUCGAAACCUUUUCAGUCCCUGCAGUUUCUUGUGAGAGACUGGAGCUUCCCGUACGAGGCCCCGUAUGGUGCAGUUGGAGGGAGACAGAUCUUGGAAAAAAGGUUAAAGGUGUCCGACAAGCAGCAUCCAGAGCUGCAACAGAUCCGCAGACACAUCAGCUCUUGCUUCGACAAAAUCUCCUGCUUCCUGCUGCCUCACCCGGGUCUGAAGGUGGCCACAAAUCCUUACUUUGACGGGAGACUCCGAGAUAUAGAGCAUGACUUCCUGGAGCAGCUGCAGAUCCUGACUCAGAUGCUGCUGGCCAAGGAGAAUAUCAUACUCAAGGAGAUGAAUGGACAGAAGAUCAAGUGCAAAGACAUGGUGGAGUAUUUCAAGGCUUACAUCAAAAUUUAUCAAGGGGAAGAGCUGCCGGAGCCAAAGUCUAUGUUACAGGCAACAGCAGAAGCUAACAAUCUGGCAGCAGUGGCUAACUCCAAGGCCUUGUAUCAUAAACUCAUGGAAGAGAUAUGUGGCGGCGAUAAACCUUACCUUAACCCUGAAGCCCUGCACAUAGAGCACAACCGUUGCGUGGAGCGCGCCGUCGACCUCUUCCACUCGAUCCGCAAAAUGGGUGGCCCUGAGUUUAGCCAAAUAUACGAGGACAAGAUGAAAGAGGACCUCACGGAAGCGUAUGAAAACUACGCCAAACACAAUGAGUCUAAGAAUAUUUUCAGCGCUGCCCGGACUCCAGCCGUGCUGUUCACCAUCGUGGCUGCUACCUACGUCCUGUCUGGCAUAUUGGGCCUGAUCGGCCUGGAAACCCUGGCCAAUCUUGUCAACUUGGUGAUGCUUGUGUUCUUAAUUCUGUUAGCCACGUGGUUGUACGUGAGAUAUACCGGAGAGUAUCGCAAUGUUGCUAUUUCCAUCGAUCAGUUUGCAGACUUUCUCUGGGAUAAUAUGCUGUGUCAGGUUUAUGCCAAGGUUGCCGAGACCGGAGUCCGAGAAGCUAUGCGUCAGCAGGGACUGGGUCCGUCCACCAACAAAAAAAGAGCCUGA